AUGGCCGCUACCCAGCAGUUGUCGAUGCAGUCUCGCACUGGUCGUGUGAAUCAGCGGUAUGGCUCCCAAGGAGAGCGCCUAGUCGCCGGCGUUGUCCCGCUUUCCGCCGACAAGUACUACGUACUUCUCAUCCAGUCCACCAAGCGGAGUGGCUGGGUCCUUCCCAAGGGCGGGUGGGAGACGGACGAGGCGACCGCCCAGGAAGCCGCCAAACGCGAGGCCUGGGAAGAGGCUGGCAUAAUAUGCAAGAUCAACUACGACCUCGGCCUCAUCCCCGAGAAGCGGCGGCCCGACCAGCUCACCUCGCAGGCCCCAAAGGCUUCGUACCAUUUCUUCGAAGCGACCGUCGAAAAGCAGGAGGCGCAAUGGCCUGAACAGCACAAGCGGAAUCGGAAUUGGUUCAGUUACACGCAGGCGCGACAGGCUCUAGCGGAACGGCCGGAACUGCUCGAUGCCCUCGACCGGUGUACCAUGCACCGCUCAUAG